GCAAACCUCGUGUUUUGCGAGGAAUCGGAAUGCCACUUCAAGAUGAAAGUGUUGCACUGUAUAACUACGUCCAUUCUGAUUUCAUCAUCUCGGGCUUAAACCUCUCCAAUUUAGCCAUGCCUUCCACUAAAUGAUUGGAGCUUCGCGCUCAUCAAAGAGACACAGCAUCUUGCGCAGCGUGGGGGUACGCGCUGAGCUCAGCCCCUCCGCCCCCCCCGCCACUGACUGGUCCACCUCAGGGCGGGGAAGGAGCACUGGCCCGGACGAUCUUGUUCCGGACGUGGGACCUCCCCGUAGCGGCUCCCGCUGGCCAAAUAGGGAAGCGGACUGCCAGCAAUCGCCGAGCUUCGCUCCUUAGAGGGCCCACCCUGGAUCUCUCUGCCAUAUUUUGGGGGGUUCGGAGGAUGCCUGCUGCGACUGAACGGGGAGACUUUUGAGUGUUUUGGUCCGACUCCCUCCCUAUAAGGAAGUGAACAACUUUUGCCAAGCAGGAUGAAUCCCAGCGAAGGUGCGGCGCCACUGGAGAAAUACAAGCUGGUAGUGGUCGGUGGAGGCGGCGUCGGCAAGAGCGCCCUAACUAUUCAAUUCAUCCAGUCUUACUUUGUUUCUGACUAUGACCCCACAAUUGAGGACUCCUACACAAAAAUCUGCAAUAUUGAUGGUAUCUCAACCCGGCUGGACAUUCUGGACACUGCUGGUCAAGAAGAGUUUGGAGCUAUGCGGGAACAAUACAUGCGUACAGGAGAAGGUUUCCUCCUUGUUUAUGCUGUCAAUGACAGGGGCAGUUUCAAUGAAAUCCACAAAUUCCACACUCAGAUACUUAGAGUGAAAGACCGUGAUGAGUUCCCUAUGGUGCUUGUUGGCAAUAAGACUGAUCUGGAUCUUUAUCGACAGGUAACUGAAGAGGAGGCCCUUUAUUUUGCUCGGGAGAACCGAAUCCCCUACAUGGAAGCCUCUGCAAAGGUCCGAUUCAAUGUGGAUGAGUCUUUCUAUGAGCUGGUCCGUGCUAUCAGGAAGUUUAAUGAAUUGGAAUCUCCCCCUGCCCCUGCCUUUCAUCCUAAAAAGAAGGAUCGCAAAAGCUGUCCUUGUUCCAUUCUGUAAACUGCCAUCCCACAUCAAGCCACACAGCCUGGAAGAGGAAGAGGAGGGGCUCAGAGUCUUUCCAACCAAGAAGAUAGAGCAGGAUUUUCCUCGUUCCAUCUCUCCUACUACAAUUAGGACCGACACUGUGUAUUUUUUUAGUUAUACAAAUGUAUUACCAUUUUUCUCUUGUUCCACAGGAAUCUGUAAACUGAGAACAAAGCAGGGACUAGACAAGUUCUUCUCCUCCAACAUAUCCUGAAUCUAUGGGAUAUGCAUUCAGUUUUGUUUGCUACUUUGCCUUCCUUUGUUCUUUGGUGGAAAUUGCUUUAAAGCUGCCCCUUUUUGCCAAGGGGCAGAAAAUUUAUUCAUUUAGAUAAAAGGGGUACAGGAUUGUAAAUUUCAGUGACAGUCCACUGAUACAAUGAGUUAAAGAAUAGGAAUCAACUGCAAAGGAUCAUUUAUUUCACUGCAGCUAAGGGCAAGCUUUUGCACAUACACAGUUAUCUACAUAUUGAAAGACAUGGUACAAAUGCAUUUUAAAAGGUACUAUAAUUUUUCUAUUCCUUUUUUUAAAAUCAUAGCUUACAGACUUAAGCCACACAUGGGCCAAACUGCAAGGGAAGCAGCUGCAGACACAAUUAUACUGUCUUGCAAGUUGCCAGUAUUGACUUUUUUUGUUUCUAAAGCAGGGCUAAAAAGAAGCACACUUUAUAGCAGUGUUUUUCAAACUUAACAACUUUAAGAUGUGUAAGACUUCAAUUUCCAGAAUGUGUGGAUCUCAACUCCCAGAAUUAAUCAGCAAGAAGUCCCCAGCCAGCAGCUCAAGUCUUCAAGUUGCCAAGUUUGGGAAACAAUGCUUUAUAGUAAGGAGAUUUGCAAAGUUGUAGGGAAGGGAGGAAGCUAGUCGACUCUUUGAUAUUUUAACAGAAGAUUGUGAUGGCUGCCACAAUAUGGUUGCCAUAUUGUGAGAGUCACCUAGUCACAAAGCAAGUUACUAUGAUAGGUAUGGCCAAUUACAAAAUACAGCAUUGUUUAGCAACCACAAUUUAUUGCAGGGAGAUGGUCGCUGAGCAAAAUGAUGACCAAAUCAAGCACAUGACAUAGAGAAAUGCUGCAAAGAUCACUUUCUAUCUGAUUCUAUCAAGUUCUCUUGUACGGCACUGCCAGCAUUACUUUCCAGGAUGCCUAGUUGUCAGUGCAGAAAUUUGGUCAUAUGUGUGCACAUUGGUCAGAAAAUGAUUUUUUUUUUUUUUUACUAUUGACUACUACUGUCAUAUUUGUGAGCAGUGCUAAACAAGAACUGACUGUUUCCAUCACGCCGAUAAAUGAUGAUGCUUCCUGCGGAACCAUUUACUAGGUUCUCAAUGUUCUACCAAAUGAAGGUUUGAAACCUAAAAUGCAUGCUAGAAUCAAGUUUUAAUUUUGUAAUUUGCUCAGUUCAAAAGCUGCUCUUUUGAAGACAUGGCCAGCUUUUGUUAAAUUCAUCCUUUCUUCCCCACUUCUGUAAUGUACUUGUAAGGGAAAGUGAUGUCAAGAACUUUUAAAAAAAAAUAGCAACUCCUUGUGUUAGUAAUUUUUCUUCUUAAUAGGGGUUUCCAACAACUUUAGGGAUACUAUCAUGUUGAAGUAUACCAUCAUUAUUGAAGUAUCAAUACUGUAGUUGCAUACAUGUUUAACUGGAUGAUUUUUGUCAGUGGAUCCUUGCACUCUGGCAUGCCAUUCAACACUUCCAUCUAUCAUUUUCAUUGUCUAAUUCUUCCAUCAUCCAUCACCUUCCCCAGACCUCAGAUGUGUUAAGAUUACAAUUCUCAGAUGAUAUUAGGGUGGGAGUAGUGGUUAACAUGUUCAAUCUGGAUCUCUUUGAUUAUGGUUAUACAAGCUUACUGGGUCAGUUGCUACCUCCCAGUCACCCUAUCAAGUAGAUAUGGGGAAAAUGAAGGGGAAAGUGUUAGGCCUUGGACAAUAUAUAAGAUAUAGAAAAAAAUUCUCAGCAGGCAAGACCACAUGCAUAACUAGAGAAGGUAUCCUGCGAGACAGUCUUCACUAAUAUAUCUACUGAUGCUCCCAGAAUAUAAAGAUUUGCAGUUGAUAAAGUGAAUAGAAAGCAUCUUGCUUUCUAUCUUCUACCAUGCUGCAGAGCAUGGCGUUCCAGCUAUAAAUGCCAAAGAAUCUCCUGAGCAAAGAUUAUAUAGUAAAGCCUUGGGGUUUCCCCCUUAAUUACUUAAUUAAAACUGAUUGUGGCAUAUGCCCUCAUAGCUAGAGCCUCUUUAUUAAUUUACAAGGCUACAGUUACAAAAAUGUGCUGUAGUGCCAAAGCGAACUCACAAGGCACCAUGGAUAUUUUAAAUUUCUAAAGGAAGCAGCAACAUUUGACAAACUCUCAAUGUAAUUUAAAGUAUCCCAUAGUAUCCUUGUAAAUGUGCUGUUAAGCCAACGAUUCUAAAACAGCACUAUGAACCAAGGAAUUUUGGGAACUUCUGGUACAAAGUGUUAUUCUAAGGCCAAAAGGAACAUGCAUACAUGCAUACAUAUAUGUGCACAUAGGCACAAGGAUACAACAGUGAAACUAAAAACUGAUUAAAUGAUAAAAUGGCCGUAGCUUGUGAAUGUAUGACUUAACCAUAAUUUUAAUAAACGGAAAACAUUUCCAUUA